AUGUCUGCUAUGGAUAUUGAUGACGCGCCGGUAUCUAUUGCGUCUAGAUUUCAGACGCAAGAGCAGAAAACUGGUGCUACUAUUCUCUGUUGUAACUGUGCCGCUCCUAUCGAUGGAACAGCAUCCGCCGGCGCUCUCUGUUAUGACUGCGUAAAACUCACUGUCGAUGUAUCGCAAGGUAUUCAAAGAGAAGCCACCGUACACUUUUGUCGAGAUUGCGAACGAUGGUUACUCCCACCUCAAACCUGGAUUGUCGCCUCCCUCGAAUCCCGAGAACUUCUCGCCCUCUGCCUAAAGAAACUUAGAGGUUUACAUAAAGUCCGAAUUAUCGAUGCGAGUUUCAUUUGGACGGAACCCCAUUCUCGAAGAAUCAAGGUUAAGCUUACUAUACAAGAUUCGGUAUCGGAUGGUGUAGUGUUACAACAGACCUUUGAGAUCGAAUAUGUCGUUGCCUACCAACAAUGUCCCGAUUGUGCGAAGUCCUACACUGCGAAUACAUGGAGAGCUUGCGUGCAAGUUAGACAGAAGGUCCCUCACAAGAGGACUUUCUUGUUCCUGGAACAAUUGAUCUUGAAGCAUGGUGCACACAAGGAUACUAUUAAUAUCAAGGAAGUGAAGGAUGGUUUGGACUUUUUCUUCGCAGCACGAAAUUCGGCGGAAAAGUUUGUCGACUUUUUGAACUCCGUGGCCCCUAUUACAUCAAAGAAGUCUCAGGAACUCAUUUCCAUGGAUAUUCACACAUCUACCAAAUCCUACAAAUUCUCCUUCUCCGUCGAGGUGGUACCAAUUUGUAAGGAUGAUUUGGUUGCGCUUCCGAUUAAGUUGGCAAGGUCGGCUGGAAACAUUUCUCCUCUGGGUCUCUGCUACCGAAUUGGUAAUUCGAUUAAUAUUCUUGAUCCACAAACACUUCAGACUGCGGAAAUCAGUUGCCCUAUCUACUGGCGUGCACCAUUCAAGCCUUUGGCCGAUGUUCAGGAAUUGGUGGAAUUCAUUGUUAUGGACAUUGAGCCCCUUGGACCUACAAAGGGACGAUGGGCGCUUGCUGAGGCUACCGUCGCUCGUGCAUCUGACCUCGGAAUAAACGACAGAACCUUUUACACAAGAACGCAUCUCGGAAAUGUAGUUCAUCCAGGAGACUCUGUCAUGGGAUACAUGAUGACCGGCACCAACUUCAAUAACCCCCAAUACGACGCCCUCGAAGCAUCCAGCAACUAUGCAUCAAAGAUUCCCGACGUAAUGCUUGUCAAGAAGUUGUACGCAAGAAAGAAGAAGUCUAAGAACAGAAACUGGCGUCUCAAGCGUAUGGGUAAAGAAGAAGGAGAGGUCUUACCCAGGAAGCAAGAUCAAGUGAAGCAGGAUAGAGAUUAUGAGAUGUUCUUGCAGGAUGUCGAGGAAGAUCCUGAGCUUAGACAGACACUUGCUUUGUAUAAGGCUCAAAAGGCACAGGAGGCGGAUGCUAUGAGUGUAGCGGAGACCAGUGAUGGUGAAGAUGAGACGCCAAAGAUUGAUGUGAAUGAGCUGCUGGAUGAGUUCAAUGAGCUAACUGUGAAAGAUGAUCAAUUGGUUUAA